CAAGUUUACCAAGUCCAUUGGCUUCGGGCAAAGGCACUACGGGAUCGAUGGAGGGAAGAAAUGAUAUUGGUCAAAUUGCAGAUGGAUUGGACAUGUAACUUCUUUUUGUGGAAAGCAACCCAAUGGGGCGACCACAUGCAGGAAUCAUUGGAGAAAUGCCUUCUGGGUCACGGAUGCUACGCCGGAAGGCAAUCCCAAAUGUAUUCAUUGCUCGCACAGGAUGCACAGGCAGCUUUUCAAGACCUACAGAACAUGUUGAUAGAGGCUGGAGAUGAAUGA